AUGGACGCCAAAAUCGGAGGCCUCAUUGAAUCCAUCGGAAACUUCUUCACCGGCGGAGAUCAGAUCCCCUGGUGCGACCGUGACGUUAUCUCUGGAUGUGAAAGAGAAGUUGCAGUAGCUUCUGAUGGUGACUCUGAUGAGCGGAAGAAUGAGAGCAUAAUGAGGUUGUCAUGGGCACUUGUUCAUUCAAGGGAAAAAGAAGACAUUCAGCGUGGGGUCGCCAUGCUUGAAACUUCUUUGGGCAAUGAUAAAAGUCCUUUACAUCUAAGAGAGAAGCUUUAUCUUCUUGCUGUUGGGUACUACAGGACUAAUGAUUAUACUAAGAGUCGGCAGCUUCUGGAGCAAUGUUUGGAGAUUGCACCCGACUGGAGGCAGGCACUGUCCCUCAAGAAAGCAGUCGAAGAUCGAAUUGCAAAGGAUGGUGUAAUAGGAAUUGGCAUCACUGCAACAGUUGUGGGGCUUUUAGUUGGUGGCGUUGCUACGGCAUUGGCCCGAAGGAAUUGA